AUGGGAAAUACUUGCUCUCCUCGCGUUCCCAACAAGCCCCCGCCAAGGUUUUUGGGUUAUAACAGUGGACCAAAUUUCGAAAUAUGCCAUGUUUGCAAUCGAAAUAUUGAAAGAUGGGAUAAUUUGAGGCAAUUGACAUUCUGGGGUUUUAAAUUCUGCAAGAUGCAUGAAGUUGAUGGGACUCCGAGGUGCAGUGGUUGUUACAGAUUCCAGACAGAAGGACAAAUGGAAUAUGUGAACCUUGGAGAUGGCCGUAAACUUUGCUUGGAUUGCUAUUCUAUUGCUAUUUUGGAUCCAAGUAAAUGCAACCGUCUUAUUGAAAAGAUGCGUGAAUUUUAUAAAGAGUUAAAUCUCGAAGUGGAUAAGGACAUUCCUAUUCUAUUGGUCGACAAAGACUACAUGGACAAAAGGGGUGCGAUUGGAUUGACCACAUUCGAUCACAGAAAAGUCUGGACGAUUACAAAUUGGUCAAGAAAUGGGAAUAAUAUUCAAGUGCAGAAAGCUAAAAAGGCGUUGACCAAGGCCAAAGUCUCAUCAAUCUUACUUUUGUUCGGAAUGCCAGAUGUUAUAAUGGGCGCGAUCUUGGCACAUGAGAUGAUGCAUGCAUGGUUAAUUCUUAAAGGUUGUAAGAAGUUGGAUAGAAAAGUGUGUGAAGGUAUUUGUGAAGUGAUGGCACACCUGUGGUUGGAAUGGUUUUGUGAUGAGGGGAAGAAUAAUUUGGACUCUUACACAACCGAGCAGGCUGAGUUUACGAAGAUUUUGAAAAUAAUUCAUGCAUACAAGAUGACAACGAGAGUUGACAAAAUAUAUGGAGAUGGGUUUAGAGAAGCUCAGCGGGCACUGUUUCAAGGAAUAACAAAGGAAAUGGCUGCUUCCAAAUCCUUUAUUUUGCUGCUGGCUAGUCUUCUCAUAGUGGACACAGUAUCUGCAUUUGCACCUGCACCUCCACCCAAUGCCGCCGUCGCCACUGAUUUUGUGGAGAUAAUAGCUGCAUCUGCAUCUGCUGCACCUCCACCAGACGAGUGGUUGAGAUAG